UAGAAAGAAAAAGGACAUCGAUUCUUUAUAUAAUUUAGUAAUGGUAGAAUGGCGACCAAGAGGGAAAGUUAAGAAUUUAAAUAUUCCUAAUUAAUAUUUGCUUCUUUAAGUACCUUAACAAUAUUGAAUGUAGCUCAAUUGGGUAUUCUAAAUAAACAGUAUAAUUUGAAUUUAGCUAAUUUAAUUAAAGAAAUUUUUUUCCAAUUUCUAAUAUAUAUAUGUUUUUACGCUAAAUCAUUAAAUAAAUGGCAUGUUUUAUUAAUUUAAAAUAAUUAAUGUAAAAGUAUAAAAUAUUUAUAAAUAUGUAUUAUUUAUAUAUUAGUUUAGUAUUUACACUCUAAAAUGGACAUGUUAAUCUCAGUAAUCAAUAGCAAUCCAUGCCCAUAAGAAACAAACCGGAAAAAAAAGAAGGAAAAAUUAAACUUUAAAGAACAAAAAAGGAAAAAGCAUAUAAAUUCUUGUAAGGUAAAAUAACCCUUUGUAAUAGUGUGCCCUAUUCUCAGCCAUAGCAAAUUCUUUCCUAUAUGAUCCAAAAAUAGACUUUUUAUUAAUUUUUUUAUAAUUUAAAGUGUAAGAUUAUAUUUUAUUUUCCAAUAUAUCUAUAUUAGGUUGAAACAUGCUGUUGAGAAUGGGUGAAAUUACAUAUCCUUAAAAGGGUGACCUAGGGAUUUUCCCUUCAACAGGGAAGGAGUAGAAAUUAACUCUUAACAAUAAAUCAAAAGAUUACUUGUUUGCUAACCCUAUUACUCUCUCUUGACAUUUUAGUGUAAACUGAAGGAAGCUUUUCAGUUCAAUCUUUUGGCUUCAGAGUAUCUGGGUAAGUAUUGAACAAUGAAUUUAUCCACUGUAUAUGUAUGCUUCAAGUAGCAGAUAAAGUGGCUCUCAAACCCAUUCCUCCCUCUCUCUCUCUCUUUCUCUCUCUCAAACGCCAACACAUUUUAAAAGCCAAAAGCCAUAUAUAAAGAUUUGCAGAACCCAGAUAGACCUCAUAUUUCUUGAAGAGAAACUCUAACCUCUACAACCAGAUAAAAGCCCUAGCUCUUCAAUCCCAUCCACCAAUAUCCACCAGACAUGUGUCAACUAAACAACUUAAUUAGUCCUUUCUCCUCCUCAACAUUCUAGCUAGUUAUUAGUUGCCUUGAAGUUCGAGGUUGUUAGACUCAGUUCCAUGCACGUUAAAGCAACAAAACCCUAAGAAAUAUUUUAAUCUCCUUUUCCACAUACAACCAUGAAAACUGAACUACGAACAAACACUAGUACGCCUAUUUCUCUUCAAAAUUCAACUCUUUUCAACAGCCCUCAAACUCAAAGUUCUCUCUCUGGUGCUCUUAGAGGAUGUCUUGGUAGUCUUGAUGGAGCAUGCAUAGAAAAGCUUCUACUUCACUGUGCUAGUGCCCUAGAGAGCAACGAUGGAACUUUGGCUCAACAAGUGAUGUGGGUACUCAAUAACGUUGCUUCUUUGGUAGGCGAUCCUAACCAAAGACUCACUUCUUGGUUUCUAAGGGCACUUAUCUCUAGGGCAUCUAAAGUUUGUCCUACAGCCAUGAAUUUUGACGGUAGCAGCACUAUCCAAAGGAGGCAAAUGAGUGUGACUGAACUUGCCGGGUAUGUUGAUCUGAUCCCUUGGCACAGAUUUGGCUUUUGUGCAUCAAACAGUGCUAUUUUUAAGGCAAUUGAAGAGUGCCCAAAAGUUCAUAUUUUAGAUUUUAGUAUCACUCAUUGUAUGCAAUGGCCUACUCUUAUUGAUGCUUUGGCUAAAAGGCCAGAAGGGCCACCUUCACUUAGAAUUACUGUGCCCUUUACUAGGCCACAAGUCCCUCCUUGGCUUAAUGUAUCUACUGAAGAAGUUGGGCUCCGUUUAGGCAACUUUGCCAAGUCUAGGGAUGUCCCAUUUGAAUUUAUAGUGAUUGAUGACCCAUCAAGUGAUAUUUUAUGCAAAGAAACCUCUGCUGGUUCUCACUUUGAGUCACUGCUCAAUCAUUUGUCUCCUUCUGCACUAAACCUUCGGGACGAUGAGGCCCUAGUAAUAAAUUGCCAAAACUGGCUGCGCUAUUUAUCCAACGAGCAAAAGUGUAGAGCUCAAGAUUCUUCUUUACGAGACACUUUCCUUCAUUCAAUUAAGAUACUUAAUCCUUGUAUUACAGUCAUUGUCGAUGAGGAUUCUGAUUUAGAUGCACCGGAUCUCACUUCGAGGAUUACUACUUGCUUCAACUAUCUAUGGAUACCAUUUGAUGCAUUGGAAACUUUCUUGCCCAAAGACAGUUGUCAGAGGAUUGAAUAUGAAUCCGAUAUUGGUCACAAGAUUGAAAAUAUUAUUAGUUAUGAAGGGUCUCAAAGGACAGAAAGAUUAGAAUCUGGAAUUAAACUAACACAAAGGAUGAAGAACGCAGGCUUUUGUAGUGUUGAAUUUUGUGAAGAGACAAUUAGAGAGGUGAAAUCAUUGCUAGAUGAACAUGCUAGUGGCUGGGGGAUGAAAAAAGAAGAAGAUAUGUUGGUGCUUACAUGGAAGGGUCAUAACUCAGUUUUUGCCUCCGCAUGGUUACCAAGUUGUUUAGAGGAUUAAAUGGUUAACAAUGUUAAAUAUCUGUGGUCCUAGUUACUACAGAAGCAAUAACAAAAUGCUCUCUCUUUUUUCCUUUCUUUCUCCUUUUUUUUAUUAUUUUAUUUUGGUCCUUGUCAAAGAGCUGCUGAUGGGCAGAAGACAAGCAAGAAGAGGGGAAACGCCAGCAUUUUGAGGACCCUCGUCCUAUCUUUGUAUUCGUGCCCCGUAGCUAUUAUCACAUGGAAGAGAAGUGUACAUAUUGUCUUUGUAUGAGACAAAAUCUUCCAUCA